GCUGUAUAAGCGCUGAGCCCGUGCUGCAGGAGUGAGCCGCGCGAGCUGAGUUGGCAUCGUCUGGGACACAGCAGAAAGGUACCGUAUCAUGGAGGGCGUCAGCUUCCACCGCCCCCCAUUAUUUCCUAUGGGCACGUGCGCUGCGCGCCUGAUCCUCAUGUAUCCUCUUACACAACUUACACUAAGCCUGGGACCCUCCUUCCAGGAAUAGCCCCUGGGGUUCUCCUCCUCCUCCACCAGCAAUACUCACUGCCAACUUUCCUCCCACCAGCUUUACUGACAUGCUGCAAAUAUUUGCUCCAAUUCUGGCAAUCCAGAUAGUUGUGUAGGACUGUCUAUCCAACAAUGCUCAGCCAGCCACACAUCAUGGGAGAUGUAAGUGAGAAGUGUUUUAGAAUGUGAAGGUUACCUAACAGUACCCAAGUAUGUUUGAUAGGAGCUUAGUAUUUGAGCAGGGCUCAGUUCUGAUUGGCAUCUGCAACUUCACUCUCCUGGUAUUGGGGACUGUUCUACAUCGCAGCUGGUGGGUCUGGGGCACUUGUACCCCCUUACAUGGGCACACAGCCAGACAGACUGCAUCUGAUCCUGCAGGAGAGUCUUACUAACACAACAACUACUGAACUUACUACUGCCAUAUGUUCAGUUCUUUAAAACAAAUUCUAGCUCUGAGUGUAGAAAUACAUGAUAUACUCCGCAUACAUUGUGCACAUGUUGCUGUACGUUAUUACCAUUAUCUGCAAAGAAAGUUUACUUUUCUUGCAUGUUAUUACACACCGCAGUUUUACAAGUUUGCUGAUUAUAAUUACUGAUGAGCACAUGAAUUAGAUUAAACGUAGAAACACAUGAAUCAUUAGAAUCUUGGCAAUAAUAUUAAAUCCCAUUUCUGAUAAUCUCAAAGUGGGCUGAUUGACUCCGUGGAUUAAAUUAAUUUUUAGAUUAAAAUAAUGUUGAGCUUUUUGGGUUGGGCAUGGAGUUCUGGUACACAUUUUCUACAUAUCAGCUAUUUUUUAUUUUUUUUGGCAACACAAUACAUUUGUCAAAUAUAAAAACAGAAAAAUAAAUACAAACGUAUCCACUGAGUGGUACGGUUCUGGUCGGUAUGGUCUGGUACGCUAUUUUGAGUGUUUCCGUUAUGAAAGUGGCCCAUAAAACCGAAUCAAACUGCACCAUUCCUGGGCCCCCUUCAGAUAUAGGUCCAUAGGAAAUUAUACGGUACAGUUAGGGUGGAACUACUGGCAUCACACUUGACAUAUGCACGGUCACCUUAACAUUAAAUAUAUAAAGGUCAUUGUCAACAGCAGGCCAACGUUGGCCUGCACAAUUACCAUCCUGCAGUUUACAAUUUAACCCCUUGACAAUGACCCACCCCCAUAUAACAUAAUACCCAAACAUUGUAACAUUUAACUUGACAUUGAAACAUAGUUAAAACAGAACAAACGCCAUUUGUGGCGAAACGCGUUUAUGGACUUUUAAUUGUGUAUUUUAUAUAUAUUAAAGUAUAUUUGGUUACUUUUUAAUCUGUGCCACUUAUCCUUUUUAUACACUCUAAUUUAUUUACUACCUGGCAUUUUCUCAACAUCUCGGACUCCAAGAAAUCCUAGGUGGGGAUCAAACCACCAGCGCUACGUCAAGGAGCAGUUGUUCUGCUCCCGCCUUGUGAGUACCCAUUUUAUUUUCAUUUAUUUUAUUACCAACAUUGUAUCCAGUGUACACUAUUGGUUGUUUCUUUCUACCCGAGUGUCUGAUACACCACUGACGGAGGAAGUCCACCCUAUAUCCCAUAAGCGGGGAUCAAAUCGCUGUACGCCUUCUAUACUAGAGCAAGUUUAGCUCUUUCAAAUGUGAGUUUUAUUUUUCCCUUCUUAUUCAUUUUUUAGUGUUUUAACAUUUUACACUAUUGGCUCUCCACCAUUUUAUCUUCCAUAUACGAGUGGAUUCUCACGGAUGAAUAUAUAAAGGACAAUUGCUCCGGAUCAAGCACGGAUAGAUCCCAUAACCCCAAAGAGCAUACUCUAGAUAAGACUUUUCUUAUUUUACUACAGCUAUUUAUUUGGACUAUUUAUAACUUUCAUUUGUGUAUUGGCGCAGCCCUUAUCUCUUAUUCUCUCUCUCUCUGACAUUGAAACAUGACCAUUGCCAUCAAAGGGCACCAUCCAUUGCCACCAAAGGGCACCACAAGUGUAGGGGCAUACCGAGACACUACCUACGAGCUCGAACCUACCAAACCAGUCCAAAGGCCUACCUAUUAGCCCUGAACUCCAAACUUUUCCCCCAUCUCACUCUUUUCUCCCCCCAACUUUACUCUCCAUCCCCCGCCACAUCUCAGAGCUCGACUCCUCCAACUUGUCUGGCCUAAUGUAAGACCUGAACCUCAGCGACUCCCACUCACAAUCCUUUUUACCUGAUCAUCACCCAAGCCUAGUCUCGCCGUUUCAGUAGCCACGCCAAUCCUAAAGGAAUGGGUCCCGAAUUGGCCCGGGUCCACUCCCAACCUUGCCAAUGCCUUCCGAAAAACCCAGAGGAACUGGAACUUCGAUAGCAAAGAGCCGUCCUCAUGCUUAAAAUAUGAACCCCCCGGCCAUCGCCCGAACCUCCCGGAAGGCCGCUGCGCACUUAACCAGGCACGUUCUCCCACAACGUAACCAACGUUCCCUUCCCCAUUACAUCCGUCUUGGACCGCCUCAGGUUGAUCACUACCUUGUUACUCCACACUUCCACAUCCACCGCCUGAAGCCCCCCGGGCCCUUGGCGAUUGCUGCUGAGCAGCUCGCUGACAUGAAAUGCCCCGAAAAAGGCGAAACUAAAAACCACGGAGAACAGCGUAACUUCGUAUCCUGAAAAACACACCGCGGGCAGCACCCGGACCACCCGCUGAAGCAACGCGAACGACACCGGUCUCCUAGAAUCCACUGACACCUUACCCCUCCUGAAACCUUUCAGUGUUUGCCUAACAAGAAAAUGUUUGGUGGCAUCCUCCCAACCGUUAAACUUGAACAGGAAGGCUAACGCUGCCAGCUUACACCCUACUACAGCUGCCGAAGCCCCUGCAGUGACCGACCUACACAAGAGCCACAGCAGCGCGUCCAGCCAGGCCUCCCUUGAGAGCUGACCCCCUGUCUGUUGCACCAGCUCGUCCCAUUCCCCCCACACCUUACUGUAUGCCGCCCAGGUAGCGGGUGCCAGGGAGUCCCUGAUCAGUCCGCCAAGCAUGAUGUCCCGAGCCGCCACAUCUCGUCCGGGCAUGACAUCCCUUCCUCCCGCGCGCCAGGUGCCACCUGCCGGAACCUCUCCCACUGUGAACGAGAACGCAUCAGCAAUAACAUUCAACAGUCCCGGCAUGUGGCGUGCCCGAAAAAACAAUAUUAAAGCGCAUAAGGAACAAGACAAAAUGGCAAAGAAGCCGCACCACCGGGAUAGAGGACGCUGAUAGCCCGUUCACUGCAUCCACCGUUUUGCAUCUACCACUGCCAUAUUGUCCGAAAAGAAUACCACCUUCUUAUCCCUCAACUGUGGACCCCAUAGUGACAGCGCUACAACUAACGGGAACAACUCCAGGAACGCCAAGUUGCGUAUCAGCAGGCUGGUCUUCCAGGCCGCUGGCCAAGUUCCCGCGCACCAUUGACCCAAAAAGUAUUGACACUCCCCGACGCGUCCGUGAACAGCUCCUGGGAUGACGCCGCCGGCUCCCGAAAGAACACCUUCCCGUUACAGUCCCGCAAGAAUUCCCCCCCCCCAGACAUCCAGAUCGGCCUUCAUUGUAGAAGAACCUUUUUCUCAAGGUGAAAUUGAUAGUUUCUCUUCCAAAGCACAAUACAUCUGUCCGUAUAUGGUAGUCUUAAAAAGCAUUGUUGGAAGUACAGAUUGUACCGUGUGUCUCUGGUUUCUUAACUAAAGUCUGAAUUUUCAAAUGGAUUUGCAAUUCUUUUAUGUACAAACAGCAAAUCAAGUAAAAGUUUAGUCAUUUCAACCAAGCAAGCAUAACUUAAUCAAUACUGUUUUUUGUGUCUAGUUAAAAACUCUAUCUUUCACAUGUGAAUUCUAUAUAUUAAAAGAUAUAAUUUACUAAAACACCUUGUAUAUACCAUAUUUCUAAUGGAUCAGUCACAUCUGGUAAAUAAAUGCAUUUGCUAUUUGGCAAGUGAAUUUUAUGGAAAUCUAGACUAGAUUUUCCCACUGGAAACUCUUGCAGCUAAUAGAAAAAAAAAAAAGUUUUUUUUUGGAGGGGAAAAUGAAACUCUCGGCAGCCUGAGUGUUAAGUUUGUGGCACACUAAAAGUAAAUACAGAAUGACCAUAAAACCUAAUAUGGGGCAUACCUACUAAACAAUGAACAGCCAGUAGUGAGAGUAUUAAUACAAUUGGAAUACAUUGUGAUCUUUCUGUGUUCCUUCCUUAUUCCCCCACUGCCCAGCAAUUGGGGAAUUUAAAUGGAUUAGCAACAGGCAGCCAUUGCUAAGGCCACAUUCUUUCUUGGACAUACUUAAAAGGACACUAUAGGCACCCAGACUAUUUCAGCUCAUUGAAGUGGUUUGGGUGCAUAUUCCCAGGUCCUUUAACCCUGCAAAAGCAAUUGCCUUCGUGGGUUAACUGGUAGACGGGCACUAGCGGGACUUCUGGGCCGUUACGCAACUUUUGGAUGUACUCCUGACAUGCAUGAGGACUUCAUGAGCAUGCGCCUUGGGUCUCCUCUGGUGGCUCAUAUCGACAGGUGGAACGGCGCCAGCGCUGAGGGACAUAAAUGCUGGACUGAAGUUUUUUUUUUUUUUUGUUUGUUUUUUUAACCCCUUCUGCAUGGGGGAGGUGAGGGGUGCGUAUAAGGGGGGAGCUAUAGUUGGUAGUAUCGUUCCCCUUUAAAUCUUCAUCCAUUUAUGAAAUCAUGUUGCAUUCUUGUAGUUCCACCCUCCCUGUUGCCAAACAAAAGUAUUUUAUGUCCCCAAUCAGGACCUGUUCUCAUGACCCCCGAUGGCACUACUCCUCCCCCAUAACAGAACUUCAACACUAUUUUUUUUUUUUUUUUUUACUUUAAAUUCCAUUCCUCUGUCUCUCUGAAUAGGGGAUGGAUUUGGCACCUGAAUGUCCCCAGCUGGUGAAUUACUCUGUAACUGCUACAAACACUGUUCUCCUUGGAGGAAACAUAUUUUAUGUGGCUCUACAAAGGACAAAAGCCAUUCAAAUGGCUAAAUAAGAACUGUGCAUUUGGUACAAAUGCAUUUAAUCCUGUGAUUUCAGGAAACGAGAACAUCUCACAUUCAUGCAUUGAGUAACUUGUACUGAUUGCACUGAUCACCCAAGCAUGAAGUGAAGGGCACUGUGAUUCUAAUUUCAACUGCAUACUUCAGCCCAUAUUUCACUGGGAUGUGAUAGAAUGGAGUGAUCACCAACAACACGGUGAAUAGUACGGUUUAAUUGUUAUGGUAUGCUAUAUUGUAUACGUAUGUGCACUGAAUAACCAGUAAACAUGAAUGUACUAAAAGAUUAGGUACUUGUACUAGCCUGCUUUUUUGAAGGGGGGUGUGGAGGGGGAGAGUGUUAUGUGACAGCAUAUUUUCUACUAUUUUCUCCACACCGCCUCCUAUUGCUUGACAGCAGUGAUACGCAUUGUUACUGACUGGUGCCCUAUUGUGUACCUCCCAAGUGCCCCUAUUUUUAUUUUGUUUUGCUUGUGUUGUAAAUCAUUAUCUAAUAUAUACAUGCAGUUGCCCUUUUGACCAAAUGCUUUUUUUUUUCCUUUAUGCCACACAUAUUUUCUUUACCCUUACCUAGCAAGAAAAUGUGCUUAACUGGCUUUUUCUAGUACUUCCUGGCUGUAUUAUAUUGGCUGCACUGAAGCGGCUCUGUUCACAAAAAUACAUUUGAUCUAAUCUACUUUCUAUAUAGCUAUCUAUUUGAAUCUUAUGUAUUUUUUUUUUCUGCGUGCUGUAGUUUUUGUAAAAUACAUAAAAGCAAGAACUAUUUUUCCUAUAUAUAGCAGUCAGGUUGACAAAACUUGACAAUGGCUUAAGCUUAAAGUAAGGUUCUGUUACCGUUACCCAUCCUUUUUUCCGACAAUCCAUCAGUAAAAUUAAUUCCGUAGAAGGCCAAUAGUAAACAUCAUGGACAGAGGAGAACAAAAUGGCUGCUCCUAGGUAUUAAGCUCCCGCACAAGGAUGGUUUAAUCCACUUCGUAGACAUAGUUAAUCAAUAUAAAAUAAUCCCCUUCUCACAUCUACAGACCCAAUGCGGAUUACUACAUAAUGAAUUGUUUACUUAAAAAGUUUUCUUAUCUAGAUCUAUUUUACCAAGUUACAUCUUUGAAGAUUUUAUAUUAAUGACUAAAUAUUUAUCAAAUAUUUUACCAGGAUGGAUACAUUGAGAUUUCUCUUGUUUUCAAGUAUGUCCUGGGUCUUUGUCCACAAAACAUUGCAUUGUUACAAUAAAAUACAAUAUUACAAAAAUAUAUAAAUUUAAUACAUAACAGGUAAUAAAUAUAUUUACACAUGACCGGUGCAUUCUGUGCUGAGGUAUAUUGCCAUAGAUCUCUUAAUAGAUUUUAGAUUGAAUGAAGAUUUGACUGUCCUGAGGUUAUUCCAUAAUUGCGGUGCUGUAGGAAAAGGAUUGAGCCGCUUUAUUUUUGUAUUGCGGUAUGCUAAAUAUCGUGGUAGUACUGGAUCGGAGGUUAUCUGAGGUGGGAACAGCCAGGGAGAGCAUUCUACUCAGGUAGGGUGGGAGCUUCCCAGAAAUGCGUUUAUGCACAAGGCUGGAUAGAUGAAGAGUGCGUUGGGAUUCCAGAGACAGCCAGUUUAGCUCUUUUAACAUGUAUGCCCCUAUUCCUAAAAAGGAAACAUAUCUGAAGAGUUCUUUCUCACAGGAGGAAUGGAGUACGGGAAUAGCUCUCGCCACACGCAAUAUUCAUUGCAUAACACUCAAACUACAUUAUAAACGAAUCUACCGUUGUUCUAUGGUUCCCCAACAAAUGCAUAGAAUUUCUAAAUCAAUUUUAAAUCUUUGUUGGAGAUGUCUAUCAGAUAUAGGCACUAUUUAUCAUAUUUGGUGGGACUUCACACUGCUGAACGUAUUAAAAACAAACCUAUGUAAACUACUCAAAAAUUGGUUCCCAAAUUUUCAUACUAUUUCUCCACAAAUGUUUUUGUUUAAUAUUGAUUUUCCUAUUGGUAACAAAAUACAGAAGAAUUUAAUUGUUCAUGUUCUAAUGGCCACUAAGAUCUGUGUAGAAAGACAAUGGGGAGGGGGGAGGGGGAACCAGAACCACCAAACUGGAUGGAAGUACAAAAUCAAUUAGAAUUUCAAUGUAGAAUGGAAUAUGGAUUCUAUGCAUCGAAAGGGGAAUUGGAUAAAUAGACAAACCUGGCAUCCCUGGACACAGUAUAAGGAAUCUCAAAAUAUAAACUGAAUUAUCUUGGGACUCCCCUUAGACCACCCCGCGACAUGGUUUUCGUCAACCCGAAGCGAAACGUGUUUCAUUUUAUUUUUCUCUUCUUCUGCCUCUUUCUCUUGAAUGAAGUAUGAAAGGGAUGUUCUUGCAUCCAGGUAAAAUCAUUGAAUAGAUUUAAUAACUAAGGAUCAUCAAUUUGAAUGUAAUGAUGUUUUUAUUUUAUCUAUACUCUAUAAUUCUAAAAUAUGUUUAAUAUUUUGUAUUUGUAACAACUUAAAUAUCUUUUGAAAUAAAGAAAUAUAAAACUAAAAAAAAGAUCCCGCCAGUGUCCCUGUUGUCCAGUCUGCCUUUAUAGAGCUACAGGUAUUGAGGAUGUGAAAACGGAGCAAAUCUGGGGAAAAUGGAGUUACUAAAAUAGCUACCAGAAAGAAGGGCUGAGUUUAUAUGGUUCCAGUGAUGGUGACUACUGUUGUCAAUAAGUAUUACUACCAGCACUUGUUUGCUGUUUAAAGGGUCACUCCAUACCUCUAAAGCACUUGAUUCCCCCACCCCAAUCUAGCAGUCAGAAGACCGGUUCUGUUAGCUCAGUGGAAGUAAUUGCACAGAUUACCUGCUUUGCAAAGGCGUCUCAUUGACCUGCAUUGGGAAAUCUUGAUUAUAAGGGUAGGGCUUGCAAAGGUUGCAGACGAGAUUUGGACAAUGGAGAGCCCCUUUAAAUCAAAUUUGACUUGCUGUCCAUUUCACUUGUACUCCUUGCUGCAGAGUCCCAUAAGGUCAUAGUUUCACUCAACUUAUGUAAACCAACCCAUAAAACAUAUUUGGCUUAUUAAGUAUUAUAAUUUAAAUGUAUGAGUAUUGAAUAAUUUACACACCACUAAUCGUCAUACAAUGAGCCAUAUUUAUAGACCAUACAUAUUAAAUUCUGUAGUACAAUGUGAAUUAUCCAUGCCAUAAUGUGAUAUAUAUAUAUGUAUUGGGUUGAUGGAGUGAGGGGUUUUAGUCCCUACCAGAAACUUUACAUUUUCUAUACAGUAGGGUUCGGAAACAUGUCCUUUAUUUUUGGUCUGCUCUGCUCUUAUUUAGAAAAGGAGAAAAAAAAAAAACACAUCUGUGUUCUUGUCCAAUCCAAUGCCCAAUUAAUUUGUGGCGAAAUAUGCAUGCGCAGCAAAACGCCAUGCUUAUCCAAUAAAAUUAUUUUUCCAUAAGGUUUGACUUGUUUCUCAUAGGGGAAGAGCAUCUAGUGGCUGUCAGGAAGACUGUCACUAGAAGUGUAUUGAACCCUGCAAUAAAACAUUCCAGCUUCUACAAAACUGCAAUGCUUUACAUUGCAGGGUUAAAGCGACCGGGCACAGCACCCAGAACACUUCCUUGAGAUGAAAUGCCUAUAGUGCCCCUUUUAAGCAUAAAACCGUGUAUGUUUUCUUUGCACUACAUGACACUAAAUAGACUUAACAAGAGAGGGUCAUUUUAAAAAUGUUCUAAAAACUCAGGUCAGUUCACAACACCGCAUCCACAUUUGGGGGAAGAAAAGGGAAACAAGAAAUGGGUCUGAUGAGCAAUAGUUCUCCAUGUGCCAGUUUGGGCUAUAUGUCAGCAGUGUAACCACUUAUCUGUAGCAUAUUGUCUGCUUACCUAGGUGUGUCAUGCUUUACUGUUUUCUACACGUAGAGAUAAGAGUGCGCUAGCUGACUUAUUUUUUUCUAAAUAACACUGGCCGCUUAGAAUUAAUCUACUAACUAAAAUGCCCAUCUUUUUUCCUUCUUAAAAUUUCAAGAUUACUGUAGCACAUGACAUAAGGGACAAAUUUGGUCUUUUAAUGUACAGAAGGCAGAAAUAACACUUGCUGUAUAAAGCGAUAUAGUCUACCAAUAAGAUGUUAAAAGACAAUCCAUUUUAUGGAAAAAGUUUGGAAAAUCUCACUGAGUGGACGCCUGAUCGGACUGCAUUGAGUAUUCUCCUCCUAUUCAAGUUAAAUUAUUUCUUUUUUUCUUUUCUACCAAUAGGACAAAAGUUUCAAACCAGUUGGAUUCCAUGGUGACUGUGGCAAUGUUAUCCACAUUUACAGGGCAAUCCAGGCUUUAAUUGAUGAUUUUUUUUAUUCAUUACAAAAACAAAGAUAAAAUAAAGAAUUAUACAUUUUUUUAAUUCCUUAAUUUCAUGCAAAUCACCAAAUAUUACAUCAUACGCAUUAAGAUUUAGUCUUUCCAGAAAGCACCUCGGCCAAUUAAGCGUUUUGCAUUCUGGGCUAAGGAGUCUGAAAUAUGUUGAGGAAAUUGCUAAAAUGACAAUGAAGGGGGAACUUAUCAUCAUGGGUGACUUUAAUCUUCCUGGUGUGAACUGGAAAACCAAAUUAGCUACUUGUGCCAGGAGCACACAUAUUCAAAACUCCCUACUUGGAUUGUCUCUAAAACAAGUCAUUGAGGAACCAACUCAUAAAGAGGCCAUUCUAGAUUUAGUGUUAACAAAUAAAGAUUUGGUAUCAGAUAUUACUGUAGAUGAAAGUUAAGGAUCCAGUGAUCCGUCAGUGUUGUUUAAUAUAAGAACAGUGACUGAGUCACACCACACAAAAACAAAAGUUUUAGACCUUAGAAAAAUAGACUUUUCUAAAAUUAGAAUAUGUGUAAAUCAGUCAUUAUCAGACUGGAUCAAUUUAAAUGGAGUUCAAGAGAAAUGGGAUUAUUUAAAAAUUGCACUGCUGAAGGCAACAGAAAAUUACAUUAGGCUUGUCAGUAAAAGCAAGAAACCACUGUGGUACUCCGCAGAUGUGGCCAAAAUCAUUAAAAAAAAAGUUAGCAUUUAGUAAUUCUAAAAAAAAAAAAAAAAACAGAGUGAGAAACACAGAAUGAUCUGUAAGAUUAGGCAGAAAGAGGCUAAGCAAGUUAUAAGGGCUUCCAAAUCUCACACAGAAGAUGAAAAUAGCACAGUCAGUAAAAAAAAAAGGGGGCCAAAACACUUUUUAGAUACAUAAAUGAGAAAAGGAAAGUAAAACCAGGAUUAGUGAGAUUAAAAACAAAAGAAGGAAGGUAUGUAGAAGAGAAUAAAGGUCUAGCUGACUGCCUCAACGAAUAUUUUUGUUCAGUAUUUACAGACGAAAAUGAAGGAAAGGGUCAGUUUGCCUCAGUUGAGAAAAAGGAUAAAUGAGUCAUUUAUUACACAUGAGUUUACAGAGGAAGAGGUUCUUUUUCAACUGUCAAAAGUAAAGCCAAAUAAGUCAAUAGGACCUGAUGGAAUACACCCAAAGUUAUUAAAAGAGCUUAGUGGUGUACUAGCAAAACCAUUAACAGAUUUAUUUAGCCAAUCAUUGUUAACAGGAGUAGUCCCAGAAGAUUGGAAGUUAGCGAAUGUUGUGCCCAUUCACAAGAAAGGUAGUAGGGAGGAGUCGGGCAACUAUAGGCCAGUAAGCCUUACUUCAGUAGUGGAGAAAGUAAUGGAAACCAUGUUAAAGGAUAGGAUUGUCGAACAUCUAAAAUCACAUGGCUUUCAAGAUCAGAGACAACAUGGAUUUACUUCAGGGAGAUCAUACCAAACUAAUCUUUAUUGAUUUUUUUUUGUUUUUUUGAUUGGGUAACUAAAAUAAUAGAUCAGAGUGUUGCAGUCAGGACCGGUGCAAGCCUUUUUGCUGCCCUAGGCAAAAAAUAUUUUGCCGCCCCCACUCAUAAAGACUAACACAUGCUGACUCAAGUAUAAACAUACACUGAUCCAUGCAAACUACCGCACACGCACUGACCCAUAUACACACUCUGACCCAUGCAGAGACACAUAUACAGACAUACACUGACUGAUAAAGAUACACACUGAUCCAUACAGACUGACAUACACAAACAUACUGAUUCAAGCAGACUAACAUUCUCUGACACACAUCUUAACUCCUUUGCUGCUCCUAUGCUCAUCUUGCCUGCGCCUGGCUUCCUAUCCCUUCCUCUCUCUUAACCCGGGCCUCUGCUAUCCUUCCGAACCACUUGCCCCCACGUACAUUGGAAGGGGUGGGAGUGAGAGAUUGAAGGGUUCUUGCUCUGCUUUGGCAUUGGAUGCCUCGGAGGGGGCCUGGCUCUUAAGGCUGACGUGGAUGCCGCAGGAUCGGUGUUCUACCGGGCGCUAGUGAGCGUCAAUGUAAGUUCUCCCUAGUGCCCAGUAACCGGGUGGCUGCGGGCCGGCGCAAACUUGAUCAUAAAGUCAGGGCCGGCGCCCCUCUAAAGCAGGCCUGCCCUGGGUGCAGUAGACAUUGCUUACCUAGAAUUCAGUAAGGCUUUUGACACUGUUGCACAUAGGCUUAUCAAUAAAUUGCAAUCUUUAAGUUUGGAUUCCAAUAUUUUUGAAUGGGUAAGGCAGUGGCUGAGUGACAGGUAACAUAGGUUUGUAAUCAAUGGAGUAUAAUUGAAGCAUGGGCUUGUCACCAGUAGGGUACCUCAGGGAUCUGUACUUGGACCCAUUCUGUUUAAUAUUUUUAUUAGUAAUAUUGCAGAAGGUCUUGAUGGUAAGGUAUGUCUUUUUGCUGAUGAUACUAAGAUAUGUAACAGGGUUGAUGUUCCAGGAGGGAUAAGCCAAAUGACAAAUGAUUUAGGUAAACUAGAAAAAUGGUUGUGGCAGCAGACAUUUUAAUAUGGAUAAGUGCAAGAUAAUGCAUCUUGGACGUAAAAACCCAAGGGCAGAAUACAGAAUAUUUGAUAGAGUCCUAACCUCAACAUCUGAGGAAUGGAAUUUAGGGGUGAUUAUUUCUGAUGACUUAAAGGUAGGCAGACAAUGUAAUAGAGCAGCAGGUAAUGCUAGCAGAAUGCUUGCUUGUAUAGGGAGAGGUAUUAGCAGUAGAAAGAGGGAAGUGCUCAUGCCCUUGUACAGAACACUGGUGAGUAUUGUACGCCGUACUGGAGACCGUAUCUCCAGAAGGAUAUUGAUACUUUAGAGAGAGUUCAGAGAAGGGCUUCUAAACUGGUUCAUGGAUUACAGGAUAAAACUUACAAGGAAAGGUUAAAGGAACUUAACAUGUAUAGCUUGGAGGAAAGACGAGACGGGGGAAUAUGAUUUACAUAAAGGGAAUCAACACAGUAAAGGAGGAGACUAUAUUUAAAAGAAGAAAAACUACCACAACAAGAGGACAUAGUCUUAAAUUAGAGGGGCAAAGGUUUAAAAAUAAUAUCCUGAAGUAUUACUGUACUGAGAGGGUAGUGGAUGCAUGGAAUAGCCUUCCAGCUGAAGUGGUAGAGGUUAACACUGUAAAGGAGUUUAAGCAUGCGUGGGAUAGGCAUAAGGCUAACCUAGCUAUACAAGACGAGGCCAGGGAGUAAUUAAAGAAUAUAGAAAAUUGGGCAGACUAGAUGGGCCGAAUGGUUCUUAUCUACCGUCACAUUCUAUGUUUCUGUGUGUUUAACCCAGGGCUGUAAGGGAAAAAUUAGGGUGCAGGAUCGGGACAAGUUUGUAUAGAAUUAAGGCCUUAAAAUCUUGUCAAUAAUGUGGCCGGAAGUGGGUGCAGACGGGCUAAACUCUAUGAAACACUGCAUAUACAAAUUCCAGGCAGCAUGACCACUUCAAAGGAAUAAAGUGGAUAUGGUGUUUUGAGUAACCCAUUCCGUUUAUUCAAAUCCCUUUUGCAAAACGAAAAUUAUGCUUACAAAUUUAUCAUAAUUUUAGUCCUCUGCUUUAGUGACUUUUUUAAAGCCGUAGAUUUUCUUGUGACUGUGGGAAUGAGUACAGCUGUAUUUUUGUCUGUUAAUUAGAAAACCAAGUUUACGAGACUUAAGAUAGGGAAUUAGGUUUACCUGUGUGAACUGCAGUAAAUAUUGCAAUUUGUUAUUUGCACACUCUGUACAAGGCAAAGGCAUUCAGUUUCAAGUUAACCGCUUACAGAGAAAAAGGUGUGAAUUCCUGGUAUCUGAUUAAAUACCUUCUCUGAAAGAAGAUAUCUGGUUCAGUUACCUCGAAUUCUACUUGUAUAUUCCAUUUUGACAUAUUUUUUUUUUAUAUAGUGCUGCAGAUGAUUUGAGACCUGGUUCAAAUGAAGAGCCUUUGACGACCAUUGAUAUGUCUGACACGUGCAUUACAGGGCCACUUGUACUUGUUCGUAGGUUAUGGUGCAAGGGGGUCCCCUGUUUAUAUUUCUUUGCGUACAUUUGGUUAUUGGCUAACAUUAACCCCUUAAGGACUGAGCCAAUUGUACAAGUUGUGAUCAAAACGUUAACAAAACCGGAAUUUUCGCUACAUGUCUGUUCAACCAUAAUUCACCUCUUUCAUAUUAAAUGCACUCACACUUAUUAUAUAUAACUUUUGUUCAGGAGAAAUAGGGAUUUCAUGUCACAUACAAUAGUUAUAUAUGAAACCUAAUUUAUUAUGUAUAAAAUCUAAAUAAAUGUGAGAACUUUUGAAUUUUUUUUAAGUUCUGCGUGGCAUUUUAAGUGUGAAUGUCAUAAUGCUGUUACUUUAAUAAUGUACACAUAUUUGCAUUCAGCGAUUGUCACACUAGUAAAACAGUACCCCAUGUACAGGUUUUAUGGUGUUUUGCAAAAUAAUAGGGUCAAAUAUAGCACGUUACAUUUUUCUGUAUAUACACAUUGAAAAAUUUGCAAGAUUGUUUAUGUUGCCUUUGAGACCAUAUGGUAGCCUAGGAAUGAAAAUUACCCCCAUGAUGGCAUACCAUUUGCAAAAGUGGACAACCCAAAGUAUUAUAAAUGGGGUAUGUCCAGUCUUUUUUAGUAGUCACUUAGGCACAAACACUGGCCAAAGUUAGAGUUUAUAUUUGUUUGUAUGUGAAAAAUGCAAAAAACUAAACUGAACGGUAAUUUUGGCAACAUAACCAAUCUGGCAAACUUCAAUGUAAAAAAACAAAAAAGCAAGCCUUAUAUUUGACCCUGUAACGUUAAAAAACAAACAAAAAAAAAACAUAAGACCUGUACAUAGGGGGUACUGUUAUAUACCGGAGACUUUGCUGAAUACAAAUAUCAGUGUUUCAAAACAGUAAAACCUAUCACAACUAUAUAGUCGGUGUAAGUGCUGUUUGUGUAUGAAAAAUGCAAAAAAAUGGCACUUUCACUGACGAUAUUGUUGUGAUAUGCUUUAAAACACUAAUAUGUGUUUAGCGAAGUCUCCUGAGUAAUCCGUAUGCCCCAUGUACAGGUUUUAUAGUGUUUUGGAAAGUUACAGGGUUAAAUAUAGGACUUGCGAAUCAAAUUCUCUGGACUUUCUGCCUGGGUUGUCGGGCAAGUCCCUCAAAUUGUAAUAAUUAAGUGACUUAAUUAUGUAAAAAUAUUACAUAAAUAAUAUAUGUAGAAUUUACGUGUGUGUGUGUGUAUGUGUGUGUGUAUGUGUGUGUGUGUGUGUAUAUAUAUAUAUAUAUAUAUAUAUAUUUAUAACAUAAACCUUGUUGAAGUGCACUCACAGGACUCGAUACUGUUUCUAAUCGUGCUUAUUUAUUGAAGCAUUAAAAUUUCAAUACAGGCAGUGUCCACGUUUCAGUCCUCCAUGGGACUUUUUUCAAGUCCCUUCAACAAGGUUUUAUAUGUUACGAGGUCGGAGUUUGCACCUGGUCAACAGACCAGACCGGGAGCAGUGAGUGCGGGACACGUCAUUCUAAGUGUAUCUUAAUAUUCAUACAAUGUAAUAUAUAUAUAUAUAUAUAUAUAUAUAUAUAUAUAUUUUAAAAUACACUUAGAAUAAUUUAUGUAUGUGUGUAUAAAAGUACUUAGAUCGUUCUGUGCAGCCCUCCGGCGUUUAGAGCCAUUCCGAAAAGGAUGGCAUAGAAAGCCCACCGUCCUUAAGGGGUUAAUACUGCCAUAGGCCCACCCCUCAGUGACCGACAUCAGACUAGGUAAUCAUCAGUUAUUCAGGAUUUUUUUCAAGGUGAAUUUGAAGUGAAUUGGCACUAUUAAAAUUGUAGGAUCAGGAAUACAAAUAUGCAUAUGUUUUCCACUGUGUGGUAAGGUAAUGUUCUAAUUUAGCCAUGAAUCAAAUACAUGGAAAAUAGCUUACCAUGGCUGUGAAUCCUUCCAGAUGGCUAUAAAAUAUAGGCAUUUGGUUAUACAUUCAGGUUUACAAUCUAGUUUGCUUUUAAAUUUUUUUUUUUUUUUUUUUUUUAACAUAUUGCCUAAUGCCCGCUUUUUUUUUUUUUUUGUUUCAGAAUGUAUUUGCUACGUCAUAAUAUCACGGCACGGGCCCUGCGAAGCCUCAACAAAUCACAAAGGUAUAAUCAGGUGUCCACUUUCUGGUGUGUCUCUUUGGGGUAUAGAAUGGGGUUCUGUGUAACCCAAUUAUCUGGUGUUUAUUUCUGCUUUCCUACAAAGGAAAUCUUCCUUUAUGCAUAGUGUAUAUAGGACAUGGCUUGAAAAGUUUGAUGUUCAACAUUUUACACACACUCCAUUACAUGCAGUUUUUCAGAGUUACUGCUAACAGAAGUGAAAAGUGGGUUAUUAAAGGAUUUACAGGGCAUGUAUACAUUUAGUUCUGCCCCAUUUUGAGAUAUAGCAUCAGGUGAUGGUUCCUGUGGAUGUGUAACCUUUCAGACUGCCCUAUAACUCCAUGUUGAAUCUUUGAUGUUGGUCAGGAGGAAGAGUGGGGGGUGUGUGUAUUGCGGAGGUGGCAGUUGGUCAUUGGUAUAGACAGAAGAAGUAUAGGUAUAGCUGGAGAGGAGUGAUAGUGAUACUGUAGGUUGGCCAGGCACUGUUAAAAAUGGAUGCAUUCCAUAUUCCACUCCGCAAAUAAAGAGUGGGUGGAUUGAAAAUAAACAUUUCAAAGGACUUGGUAAGUGAGUGCAAAUGGUAGAACAUUUUUAAUAUACAUGGCAGACAAAAAUAGGAGAGCCGCCUAAUGCAUUUUGUGUCUAAUGUGGCACUCCUAGCUCGCUGUAGUGGUUAUGGUUCUCGGAGUAUUCUUUUAAAAGUGAAAGUAACCAAAUUACAUUUUAAAAUGUAAUUAAUAAAUUAGAAAUUGACUUGUGGACAGCUGGGGACUGAGAGGACUAAGAUUAAGACUAGGUGGGGAAGCUCCUCACUCCGCGAAUACAAAUAGAACUUGGCUGAGCUUCCUUCAGAGCUCCGAUUUUUACCAAGAGGGGGACUACUCCCUAUUCCACUCCCCCCCCCCUUCUUUUCCAUUUUCCUUUUUUUAACCUAUUAAUAUGAGCAAUCACUGCUGAUGGGGUGAGACCAUGACCGCCCAUUUAGGGCUGUGAGAGGAAAAGGUCCAAAACAUAGGGCUUACUCCACGACGGUUAAAAGUUUAUAAAGUAGCCAAAGGUUACUAGGUUUGUUUGUUAUAAUAUAAUGAAAAAAGUUUUUUAUGUCAUCAAUAAGCAACCUACACACCAUAUAGAGACGAGGGUAAUAAUACUGAGCAAUGGAAAAUGACUUGUUACCUAAGUUGUGAAAGGCUAAUGACAUGUAAUGUAUAACCCGUUACGACUCUGUAUUGCAAUGACAUACCAAAAAUAAAGAAUAAAAAAAAAAAAAAUAGAAAUUGAAUCAAAUAUAUUCUAUAAUUUUUUACUAUAUUACUAGUUAUUCUUGUUUGUUGAUUGACUAAAGAGCCUUGGUAAUAAUGGUUUGUUUUGAUUUACUGUUUGACUUGUUUUAUAUUUUCCGGAUUUCCCUUUAGGUACCUGCCUACAAGCGCCCUUUUUUUUUAGCCUGUUUCUGCACUUAUAUUAGGUCUUUUUAUGUUUAAAUAGGAUGGUGAGCACAGAUAAAUACCAGAAGUCUUGUCCAGUGUCCUCUGUAGUCCUGUCACCCUUAAAGCGGCACUGUCACCCCCACCUCCCGAAAAAUGAGUAUUUCAUAAAGAUUGAAUCUUUAUGAAAUACUCAUAUUGACUGUGUUGGAAUUUCACUGAAAAUCCAACCCAGCCAAGAGAUAUAUACUGAGACAAAGUAGGGACUACUUAGUCUCUGUAUAAUUCCUAAGCCUAACACUUCUACACAUUGGGCAGAGCUACCACCGUCUAGAAGUGUCAAUCCCACCAGUGACAGCUGCAGGGAAUUGGCUAUAUCUAUGGAGGAUCCCUCUGUCCCGCAGGAUCCACCAUCGACCUCAAUACUGUAUUCCCCUGCAUCAGCAGUGACGUCGGCUCCUGAGACCCGCCGUGAGAAAACCGCAGCGCCCGCGCGGGACUGGUAUUGGUAAGUACAACUCAAGUCCUCUUAACACUUAAUGAUAAUCUAACUCUGACAUUAAUACAAUAACUACCCCUUUAACCCAACUACUUUUAACAUUCUCUUUAACCAGGCAUACAUUUACAUAGCUACAUACCCUCCCUAUACUUACAGAUUCAAACACACCACCAUACAAGCAGAGAUAUGACCAUACAUACAUAUGCAGUUGUAAAAUCUGAAUACAUUUUUUGUAAACUAUUCUAUUUCUGCAAUGUCAGUCUGCUAAAUUCAUUUAACUCACUUUAUCUUACCCUUUUUUUAAUUAAUUUAUUUUUAGGGUGUUUUAGAAUUCCUUGCAGACAUGCACCUGAUAUGUAAAGCCAGCCCUGGUGUUACUGUUGAUUGUAUACUUCAUAAACUUGUGUCUCUUAUCUGUACUUUCCUUGUUUCCAAGCUAAUUAGUUUUAUCUUAUCGGUUGGGUUCCUAGCUGAUAGGCCAUAUGAGAAUGACUUUCUAAUUACUUGUGUCCAGGUCUCCCUUUCCCCUAGCAAGUAUUACAGGAAACUUUCAUUGAAAACAUUGUUUUAUUUUACAAUUUUACUUGUUUUAAUUGUGAUUUAGGAUGUAAUUCUGAAUCAUCCAGUUCCAGUGCAAUCAGUGAAUGGAGAUGUUCAAUCCUAAACAUGUCCUAAUACAGUUCUUUCUUGUUUUUGAUGCACAGGUUACAGAGACCCUUAGUGUGUGAGUGGGCACGAGCUUGUGCUGUUGAGGAAUGGUCUAGCAGAAAACACAGUACAGAUGCCAGAACAAACGCAAGAUCCAUAAGGGACAACUGGAAAUGGGAAGCUACAUUGGCCGGAGCCAUACUGGGAUUAGGAUCAGUUUUAAUUUAUGAAGAUCAGAAGAGGAGGGUAAGUAUUUUUUUUUUUUUUUAACUAUACUUUCCCAGGAGAAGAGGUAUGUGGUCAAAUAUUUGUUCAUUUUACCACACAUAAAAUACCAGUUUUCCUGCCUGCCCUUUAUUUCCCCAUGUCUCUGUACUAAUUACCUUUUCCCAUUUUUUUUAUCAUUCACAGGUGGCAAAGGCUGAGUCUGCCAAAUCCUCCGUUGAUCAUGUUUUUCCACAGUACACCCGAGCAGAUGUUAAGCAACAUGCCAGCCUUGCUGACAGAGUGUGGGUGACCUAUGCUGGAGAAGUGUUUGACAUCACAGAAUUUGUGGAAUUGCACCCUGGUGGCAAUCGCAUACUGCUGGCUGCUGGAGGAGCACUGGAACCUUUCUGGGCCUUGUAUGGUGUUCACAAGAGUGAGCAUGUUUUUGAGAUCUUGCAAGAAUAUAAGGUGGGGGAGCUCGUUGCUGAGGAGCAAUUAGAGGAUGUGGACACCACUGAUCCAUAUUCUCAUGACCCUUCUCGACACCCUGUCUACAAAGUUAACAGCCUUAAGCCUUUCAAUGCAGAACCCCCCCCUGAGAUUUUAACUGACAGCUAUGUUACACCAAAUGACUUUUUCUUCAAGAGAAAUCACCUACCGGUACCAGAGAUCAACCCUGAUCAGUACGAACUGGUUAUAGAAACUCCAAAUGGGACAAAAGGGGGUAAGCCACUGCAACUUUCCCUUAGUGAUCUGAAAACCAGAUUUCCACGACACGAGAUUACGGCCACCUUACAGUGUGCAGGAAAUCGACGCUCUGAAAUGAAUGCUGUGAAAACCGUAAAGGGUUUAGAUUGGAGUCAUGCAGCAAUUAGCACAGCUCGUUGGGCAGGUGUACGUCUGAGGGAUGUCCUGGAACAUGCUGGUUACAGUGAAAAUACACCCAAUGCCAACCAUGUGCAGUUUGAAGGUUUGGACUGUGACUUGACAGGCACAAGCUACGGUGCAUCAAUUUCCUUUGAGCAUGCAAUGAGAAAAGAUAAUGAAGUUCUACUUGCUUAUGAAAUGAAUGGGAACGAGCUGCCACGAGACCAUGGCUUUCCUUUGCGGGUAAUUGUGCCGGGUGUAGUGGGUGCUCGCAAUGUGAAGUGGCUGGGGAGGAUAGUAGUGAGUGCAGAAGAAAGCCGUAGCCACUGGCAGCAGAAUGACUACAAAGGCUUCAACCCAUCAGUGGACUGGGACACAGUGGACUUCUCUACCUCUCCAGCAAUACAGGAUUUGCCGAUACAGUCUGCCAUCACUGAUCCACAUCCUGGACAGAAGGUUACUCCUGAUUUUGAGGGGAAACUGACUGUAAAGGGGUAUGCAUGGAGUGGAGGUGGGAGGGAGGUUGUGAGAGUUGAUGUAUCCCUUGAUGGUGGAAAGACCUGGAAGGUAGCAGAACUUAGUGGAGAUAAACAAAAAGCUGGACAGGCUUGGGCAUGGAAAUUGUGGCAGUUGAGCGUCCCCAUGCCUCAUAACUGCAAAGACCUCACCAUUAUCUGCAAGGCUGUGGACAGCAGCUAUAAUGUGCAGCCAGAUACUGUGGCCCCAAUAUGGAACUUGCGUGGGGUACUGAACAAUUCGUGGCACCGUGUGCAGGUCACUGUGGAUGCACACUGACCUCUUGUCUUGGAUGAAUUGACUUUUGUGUGCCAGCAUUUAACUUAACUGCAUAGAGUCUAUUUUAAGCGUGCUACACUAAACUGCAAAUUGCAAUAUUAUUUGUGUUAGAGAAAAUGAUGGCAAACAACCGUAUGCAGGUUGCAGUUAAUGUACUACAAUUUCUGGCGUUACCCGAUGACUACCACCAUUGAAGGUGACCCCAGCUGUGUAGUUGCUUCAUUUUUAUUUAUAAUAAUUUUUUUUAUUGUGCAGCAUGAAGAAUGCUGUUAUUCAGAUCUUCCAAAAGUGACCUGUGUAUAUGAAGGACUUUGAAAAAUAUAGGAAUUAUUUGAGUAACUAACAGGGCUUGUUAGUAUCUCUUGCUUUCUCUAACAUUUAGAGAUCCUAUACAUGUGUUUUUGUUUUCUUAGUCAUAUUCUUCUCUUCUAAUUAGAUGAUGUUGGGUAAUCUGUUUGACAUCCCUUUGAAUAAAUUUACAAGCCAUUAUUAAUUAAUAUUAUGUUAACCUGCUUGUAGUAACUCCUUGCUAUUUUAGUUAUUCCCUAUUGAUUGGAACAGGUACAUCUUACUUGUCAACCCAAUUUAUCUACCCAAUAAUUAUUUACUGCAUCAGCACACCCUCUUCCCCAGAAUUGUAAAAUGUGUAUAUACUAAUAAAAGCUUGCAUAUUAACAUAUACAAAUAAAACCACUAAAAAUGUCGUAACAUUUUUUGUUAUUUAUAUCUGGCAAGACUUUAAUUUUGUACAGUUUGUACUUGCAGUAAGCUCAAGGCCUUAUGAUCUAACCUUGUAGUUUGUUUAAUAUGAUCCUUUCAUUCUACCUCCUACUAAAAGGACUUAUUUUUGAAAUAAAUGGCCUGCCAGGUAAAGCUUUGCGUAGACUAGGAUUAUAAUGAAAGAAAGAUUGUGUUAUCUUUAAAGGGAGCCUUCAGGCAAUUAAGGUGCAAGAUUGCAUUGUGCUGAAAGCCGUGCAGUUAUCAGGAUUGACCGAAACAUUACAGCCACUACCUGUUUUUAUGCUUUUAAUCAAUAGUGAAUUAUAAAUACCGUAUUUAUCGGCGUAUAACACGCACCUCAAUUUAAGAAGGAAAUUUCAGGAAAAAAAACUUAAAUUUCAAAUAAAGAACUUCUUACCCCCUUCUUACUCCCCCUCUUCAAACCAACCUUUCUUACUCCCCCCCUCCCC